AGAAAUAUUAAACUAGGGUUUUCAAUAAACAAAAAGGGCGAAGUGCAUCCCCCAUAGUCAUUUUCUCUUCAAAUUCAAUCCAGCAAAGGCUCAUACGUAAGCUGCUGAAAAUCAAUUUUCAUCAUGGGAAGAGGAAAAUUCAAGGCUAAGCCCACUGGUCGCCGCAACUUUUCUACCCAUGAAGACAUGGUUGCUGGAACCUCCUCUCGUCCUAAGACUUUCAGACAGAAAGAACCUGAGAAUGAAGAUGAGGCAACUAGGGAAGUUUCCGAGGACGAAUCUGAAGAAGAAUCAGAAGAUGAAAAUACUAAGACAAAAGGUGUUCAAGGAGUUAUUGAGAUUGAAAACCCUAACUUGGUAAAGCCCAAGAACAUUAAAGCUAGAGACAUUGACAUUGGGAAAACCUCUGAGCUUUCAAGGCGUGAAAGAGAGGAGAUAGAGAAACAGAGAGCUCAUGAGCGCUACAUGAAACUUCAAGAGCAAGGAAAAACAGAACAAUCCAGGAAAGAUUUAGACCGUUUAGCUCUUAUCCGUCAAGAAAGAGCUGAAGCUGCUAAAAAGCGAGAAGAAGAGAAAGCGGCAAAAGAACAAAAGAAGGCUGAAGCUCGCAAGUAAAUUUGUGGGGGAUGUUGCGGGACCAAGUUUUACUCCAAUUCACCGGAAGAAUAUUUGCUCUUGCUAUAUUUUAACAUUUUAUAUAAUGCAUGUUUAUCUUCUUUAUAUUGAAUAUUAACAUUCCAUGUUGGUAGCAUGUAGCACAAUUACUCCUUCUACUUAAUGACUUGAAAUCUUUAUUAUACAUGCUUUCUUUCUCUGAA